AUGGCUUCAGUGCGUGUAGCACCAUCUUCUGGUUUGAGAGAAUCCAGUGGCCAUACUGUUGAGGUAGAUAGGUUACCUGAGGAGAUGAAUGAUAUGAAGAUUAGGGAUGAUAAGGAAAUAGAAAUAACUGUUGUUGAUGGUAAUGGGACUGAGACAGGUCAUAUAAUUGUCACAACUAUUGGUGGUCGAAAUGGCCAGCCAAAGCAGACUAUUAGUUACAUGGCUGAACGUGUGGUUGGACAUGGAUCAUUUGGAGUUGUGUUCCAGGCAAAAUGCCUAGAGACAGGUGAAACCGUGGCCAUAAAAAAAGUUCUUCAAGACAAGAGAUAUAAGAAUCGAGAGUUACAAACCAUGCGUCUUCUUGACCACCCAAAUGUUGUGUCCUUGAAGCAUUGUUUCUUCUCCACAACUGAAAAGGAUGAGCUGUAUCUUAAUCUGGUACUCGAGUAUGUCCCUGAAACUGUUCAUCGCGUAAUCAAACACUACAAUAAGGUCAACCAAAGGAUGCCGCUAAUAUCUGUGAAGUUGUAUACAUAUCAGAUCUUCAGGGCAUUGUCUUACAUUCAUUGCAGUAUUGGGGUGUGUCACCGUGACAUCAAGCCUCAAAAUCUAUUGGUGAAUCCACAUACACACCAGGUUAAAUUAUGUGACUUCGGAAGUGCUAAAGUUUUGGUAAAAGGGGAGCCCAAUAUAUCUUACAUUUGUUCUAGGUAUUAUAGAGCACCUGAGCUUAUAUUUGGGGCAACAGAAUAUACUACAGCUAUUGACAUUUGGUCUACUGGAUGCGUUCUUGCUGAGUUACUUCUUGGACAGCCGUUAUUCCCGGGUGAGAGUGGAGUUGACCAGCUGGUUGAAAUUAUUAAGGUUUUGGGUACUCCAACAAGGGAGGAAAUUAAGUGCAUGAAUCCUAACUAUACAGAGUUCAAAUUCCCACAAAUCAAAGCUCAUCCAUGGCACAAGAUAUUUAACAAACGCAUGCCUCCGGAAGCUGUUGAUCUAGUAUCAAGAUUGCUUCAAUACUCUCCUAAUUUACGGUGCACAGCUCUGGAUGCCCUGACCCAUACCUUUUUUGAUGAGCUACGUGAUCCAAACACACGCCUGCCAAAUGGACGUUUGCUUCCCCCAUUAUUCAACUUUAAGCCUCAUGAGUUGAAGGGGAUGCCGGCGGAAAGUUUAGUGAAGUUGAUUCCAGAGCAUGCCAGAAAGCAGCUUCCUUUCCUUGGGUUGUGAGUUCUUGAAAGUAUAUGAAAAACCAGCAAGUGUUCUAUAUGGAAGCUGUGUCUUCCUUCUAUGCCUAUUUGUUCCCUUUCCUUCUUUCCCUCAGUUUCCCUUUUUAUGUUAUUGUUUUGUAUUUGCAUAUUUAGACGAAUGCUGUUCAAUUGUGCCCAGACCUUAAUAUGUACUGUGUUCAUCCUAUUUCUAUAUUUUAACUUACGAAUGCUAUUUGAUUGUGCCCAGACUUUAAUAGGUUUUGUGUUUAUCCUAUUUGUAUCUCUAAAAUUACGUGUAAGAAUGAACUUCUGGCAGUUGAUAUUGUG